UUAUCAGUCUAGCAGCUUACAUUCCAAAGGAUAACUUCAUCCUGCUCGUCUACGAUCACAAGGAGAAUGGCAGCCUCCACCAGUGGCUGCACCCUGCUCAUCGCCAUCUGACUGCAGAGGGGGUGCUGGACUGGCCAAUGAGGCGGGCCAUCGCCAUCGGUGUCACCAUAGGGCUCUGUUACCUGCAUCAUGGACGCAACCACUCCAUUGUGCACUACAACAUCAACUCUACCAACAUUUUGCUUGACACUGGCUUCAAGCCCAAGAUUGCAGGUUUCGAUCUUGCACGGAUCAACCUUGCCGGAAAUGACCAGCCGGUGCCAAUCUGGGAGCUCCCUGCUGUCAACAUUGUGAGCUAUACGGCUCCAGGUUGAUGUGUACAGCCUUGGUGUGGUGCUGCUAGAGCUCGUCACUGGGCGGUUGGCCAAUGAAGCGGUUGCAAAUGGCCACUUGGCAACCUAUUGCAAACGACUGAUGGAGAGCACUGGAGAUUUCAGUGACGUCGUCGACAUGGCUAUCCCAGAUUGAUCACGAUACCUCAAGGAGAUGGCGGUCAUGUUCAGGCUCGGUGUAGAUUGCACUGUCGAGAAGCCACAUCAGAGGCCAGCCAUGCGUGAGGGUCUCUACCGCCUCCGCAGUGGUCGUUGAUUCGGUCUAGCCUGCUAUGUAUCAACUUUGAGGACCACUAUUGUUGCUUGUGUGCGGGCGGAAACAUGUACCAGACAUAACUUGUUUUGUGGAUGCCCCUUUGUAUUUUCCAAAUUUGUUUUGCCGUGGUUUUGAAGACGUGUCAUCCUGUUUCUGACAAGGUUUCCAGAUGCAUAGAAAAUUUGGUUCUGCAGAUGUUUUACAGAAAUUUUGCAAAA